GCGUAUUAUUAUAAAUAUCGAUGAUAUGUGCCCCUUUAUUCUUCUCUAUUCACCAGAUCAGACGCUUCUGGAAGAAACGAAGGAACAAGCAGCAAUCUCCAACCCUAACCCUAACUCUCUCACCCUUUCAUUCUUCUGCUGAUUCCUUCAGAUUUGUUCUAUAACUGUUGAUUAUUGCUGGAUUUGGGGUUGAUUGCUGCUGUUAACGUGUCUUGCCAUCUUUCACAGAUAAGAUGCACUUCCGGUCAUCAUUUUACCAUAAUGCAGUUUUUGAGUUGGUUAUUGAACAUAAAUGGACACCAAGCGGUUCAUCCAGCUUGUUGAGGAAAAGAAGAAGAAAAUCAUGGAGAGAAAGGAAGCUCCUUUGAAGUGGGAGCAGAAGCUGGAAGCUGCUGCUAAGGCAAAGGCUGAUGCUGAAGCUAGAGAGAGGAAGUUGAAGGCUGCAAAGCAUAAAAAAAGAGCAGACUCUGAUAGUGAAAGCGAUUAUGACAGUGAUGAUGAGAGUAAAAGGACUAGCAGAAGAUCUCAUAGGAAGCACAAGAAGCGUUCUCACUAUGACUCUGACCAUGAGAAGAGAAAAGAAAAACUUUCCAAGCGGAAAACAAAGAAAUGGUCUUCAGAGUCUAGUGAUUUUAGUGGCGAUGAAUCUGAGAGCAGAUCUGAGGAGGAGAGGAGAAGAAAGAGGAAGCAAAAGAAGAAGCUAAGAGAUCAAGUAUCAAGAUCAGAUUCCAGCGAUUCUGAUUCUUCUGCUGAUGAAGUAAGCAAGAGGAAAAGGCAGCACAAACGACACCGUGUGACAAAAUCUAGUGGGUCAGACUUCUCUAGUGAUGAAGAAAAUAGUCCAGUUCGGAAGAGAAGUCAUGGAAAGCAUCACAAACGCCACCGACACUCGGAGUCUAGUGAAUCUGACUUGUCAAGUGAUGAUAUUCACCAUAAGAAAAGCCACAGAAAGCACCAUAAACAUCAUAGCCGAUCACGUAAUGCUGAGUUGAGGUCAUCUGAUUCGGAUUAUCACAGUCAUGGUCGAAGGAGCAGAUCGUUAGGGAAGUCCUCAGAUGAAAAUUCCCAAGAAGAAAGCAAAAGACAUAAGAAGUCUGGCCAUCAUCACGAUCAUUGUCACCACCAUCAUCAUUGCAACAAACAUCGACACCACUUGGAUGAGGAGAGAGAUCACUCACCCCAGCUCUCGCUCAAAUCCAAUGGGAAGCAUUUGGAGCAGUUAGCCACAACUGUAUCUGACAAUAAAGAUGGUGGUUUUCAUGAAAGUCGAGCUAUGCCUGAUAACAUUGAUGGUUAAAUUGUUCGAUUUUUAGAAUAUGUUCUGUUGAGACUGGUUGUUCAUUGAAACUGCUACCCGUUAUCCAGUUUGAAGUUAGUGGGACAAUUUUAUUCAUAAUGUCUGAUGCAAUAUCGUCAGCAAUAGUAUUAUGGUUACCUCGCUUGGAUUAUUGUUGGAUAUUGGCACUAAUUUGAUCCUCAUUCAGCUAUAACAUUUGAAUGUUAUAAUUCUUGUUUA